GUCAUCACUAAUUUACUAUCGCUCGUGAGAUUCGCCAGGUUGAAAAUUUUUCGUCGUACUCUCGGAACAACAAAGGCCGAAAAUCCGAUACGUUUCAGAGAGUCUGAUUCGAGUUCGGUCAGAUUUAAGCAAGCACAAAGCAAGCACACAGAAAAGCAAGCCACCAGACCUGCUCCUGAACCGAAACCGAUACACCGAUCCCGAUCUUGAAUCCCAACGAGCCACCACGGAUGCAAACGUAACGCCAGCCAGCUAAGGAGCCUACCAAGGAGAAGGAUCCCCCGCAUUGGAUAACGCAAACAAUUUCGAAUUGCAGAUCAUCACUACCCCCGAGCUACAACCGCAACCGCAUCCGUCUCCGAAGCCGAGCAAUGUCGUCAUCCCGCUUGCCCCACCACCAGCAAGACCAGUCGGAUCACCAUUAUCGGCGCGGCGGACGCGGCCAGCAGCGCGGCUACUACGAUCGCGGUUCCUCCGGAUCCUCCAGUGGCUACAGGCGGGAUAGGGAUAGAGACCGCGAGCGGGAGCGAGACCGAGACCGCAGCCGCUCCUUGGAGCGUCGCCGCUACAGUCGCUCCUACUCCCGUAGCGUCAGUCAAAGUCGCAGCCGAUCACGUUCCCCCUCUGUGGAGCGUUCCAACCAUAGGCGUCGCCGUCAAGAGCAGCGUCACCCAAGCCGUUAUCACAAGGAACGGGAUCGUUCCCGGGAUCGCGAUCGCGACCAUUCCAGACGUGAAAGCAGCCACUACCGACGCUCGGAGUCGCCCACUAACGGUUCCGGACCCAGCAGCAGCACAAAUAAUCACAGCCAGCGGAAAGGUCCAAAUUCAAGCACAGGCUCUGAACAAUCCGAGCAAGGCGCUCCUCCGAAGGCAACCGUAGCCCCGGAACAGGGUCAGCCAAGCGGAAAGGCCAAUACGGUGGGCGCCUACUACAAUCUGGACGCCGAUGAGCCAAUCGAUAAGGAGCGCAUACACCGCGAAAUGGAACAAAAGCUGCGCGAAGCACUGGCCAGAGAAGGAAAGGUCUAUCCGCCGCCUAAGCCUGAGCCGCCCUCCCAUCCGGUCUUCGCCAAUGACGGUUCCUUUAUGGAGCUCUUCAAGAAAAUGCAACAGGAACAGCAGCAGCACCCAGUGGUUGAUCGCCAAAUGGCGUCCGCCUCCACGUCGCUCGCCGUCGCUGCCGGGCGGGAGCAGAUCAUGCAGCAGCACCAACAGCCCCAGUUCAAUCCACCAGAAGCCGCCUCGGUCGUGGCCCCGCUACCGGCGAUUGCAGCCGGAGCGGCCAGCAGUAGUGCUGCUCCGUACAUCGCAGCUGCAGCUGCCGGAAAGUUGGCCCCGCCGCCGCCGCUCGUGGGACGACGUCGCGGCGGCAAGAUCCUGAAGACGGGCGUGGUGGCCAAAGUGAAAACUCCGAACGAAAGUGAUGUGGACCCGAAGGACUUCUGGUCGCUCUACCUGGCGGAGGUGAACAAGUACAAGAGCAACGCAUGUGACACGGAUAACGGAAAGCGGCCGCUGGUCAAGUAGUGGCUUCUGAGUGGCAGGGCACCCUCUGGCAGUUCCCCGUAGAAAUCUGACUUGAACGCCGGCAGAAAAACAAACGUUAACUUUUCACCACACCGAUCGCAGAAAAUGUGUUCUAGUAAUCAAUUAAACUCAAAACUCCUUCCCCGAAAGACUCCCUCCCGAACACUUAUUCGUCCUCCGAGCUCCCCCAACCUCCGAGGACUACCAGGAUUGUAGAUUGUAGACUUAGCGGGCUUUUUAUCAUUUUUUUUUAGUUCAGUUUAGUUAGUUUACUUAACUAAGCGACGAAAAAUUGUAUUGUGAGUUUCCGGUACACACAGACACGAUUAUGAAGUGCAAGUCGGGGGACCGCAGGACCCAAGCCCCGAGACACCAGACACAUAUUUUAAACAAAUAACUGUAGCAUAGAUUGUAAGCCAUUAAACUAGACUUGUACACCACUAUGUAUCGCUAUAUAUACCAUGAUAUAUACCGCUCAUCCGGCAUUGAGAAAUGUGAAAAAGA